AUGUUGCCCAGGCUUCUUAUCAGCGCUCUCUUCUCUGGUGCUCUCGUAGCCAGCCAGGAAUCUUCUGCCUUUGCAGAUGAGCCCAAUCGAUGUGACACAACCUGUCAACUCGGCUAUCGCCAGGCUUUGGCCGGGGAGUCUAGUCUUUGGGUCAACCAAAACGUCUCGACCGAUCCCUUCUACGCAAACCCCGCCAACAUCUCAGACUAUUCCGCCGGUGACCUUGUCAAAUGGGAGGAAAUCCCAACUGCUCAGGCCACCAGACGAUGGACUAUUCCUGGUGGAGCCAGCAUGACUCGAUUCUUCUACAUGUCGGAAGAUAUCGAUGGAAAGCCCAUCCCAGCCACUGGAUUCGUCCUGACUCCUUACUCUAACCCUCUCGGAAAGGACAAGCCUUUCCGCACUAUCGUCUGGACCCACGGAACAGCGGGCGGAACUCGGCAAUGCGCACCUACCAACCACCGCGGUCUGUACUACGAAUGGCAGGCCCCCUUUGCUCUUGUCAACCAGGGAUACGUCGUUAUUGCCCCUGAUUAUGCUGGUCAAGGCAGUGAUAUUCCCCAGGGCUUCAUGUACGAAUCUGGUGCUCUCCAUGCUGCAGAUGUCAGCUUCGGUCUUCAAGCCGCUCGCACAGCUCUCGGAAACAAGAUCACCAAGGAGUGGGUCGUCAUUGGUCACAGCGAAGGUGGAAUGACUGCAUGGCGCACUGAUGAGCGAGAGGCUCAGGAAGGUAAGGCCACGGGUGGAUUCUUGGGUGCUGUAGCUAUGGCCCCUGCGCUUCAGCCCAUUAAGCUUAUCCCCGAGUCUUUCCGCCGUGCCAAGGAUGGUCCCGCUGGAGAUGUUGUAUCCAUCUUCUUCCUCCAGUCUCUCUCUCGCCUUUAUCCUUCCAUCAAGGUCGAGGACUACGCCACCGACAUUGUUCUGAGCCGUAUUGCUCUCGCUGACCAAGGCUGCCUCGCCACCGGAGGAGCUCUCUACGGCAGCCUGACUGUCAAGCAACUCUACAAGAACACCAGCUGGGUCGAGCAUCCCGAUUUUGUUGACUGGCAGAAGCGCUUCAACGGUGCUGGCCCUCAUAAGCUUGCUGCCCCCAUGCUCGUUAUCCAAGGCGAGGCCGACAUCCUUACUUAUCCCGAGUACGCCGAAGAAGACUUCAACGAGACUUGCAAGGAGUUCCCCGAGUCUACUGCCGAGUACAAAUCUUACCCUGAUCUUGACCACGGUGCUGUGCUGCACGCUUCUGUUUCUGACUUCAUGCCCUGGAUUGCGGAUCGUUUCAAUGGAGUUAAGCUGGAGAAGGGAUGCAAGAUUACAAAGGUUAGCCCAGCUACCAAGAACUUUUCUCUCGUUACCCAGGACUGGCAGGCAAUUAUCCGAUAA